CGGACGUGGCCGCGGAAGUGGCUGGCGGGGCCGGGCCGUGCCACGCCGGGACGGGACGGGCCGUGCCGAGCCGCGCCGAGCCGAACCGCGCCGGGCCGCCUCCCCGUUCCCACCCGCAUCCCCUGCUGGCGGCUGCCCGGCGGAGCCAUGUCGCGGGGCGGCGGGAAGGGGCUGAGCCUAAAGGACAAGCUGGACGGGAACGAGCUGGACCUGAGCCUCUGCGACCUGAACGAGGUGCCGGUCCGGGAGCUGGCUGCUCUUCCAAAAGCUACUGUCUUGGAUUUGUCCUGUAACAACCUCAUUUCCUUGCCGUCAGACUUCUGCAGUUUGAUGCAUCUGGUGAAACUGGAUUUGAGUAAAAACCGGCUUCAACAGCUGCCCUUGGACUUUGGCCGUCUGGUCAAUCUGCAGCACCUGGACCUUCUGAACAACCGUUUAGUCACCCUGCCAGUCAGCUUUGCACAGCUCAAGAACCUGAAGUGGUUGGAUCUGAAGGACAAUCCCCUGGAUCCUGUCCUGGCUAAAGUGGCAGGAGACUGUCUGGAUGAGAAGCAGUGUAAGCAGGCUGCUGUCAAGGUACUGCAGCACAUGAAAGCGAUCCAGUCCGAGCAGGAUCGACAACGGCAACGGAAACUCCAGGCAGAGCGAGAAAUGGAGAAGAAGCGUGAAGCAGAACAGCGAGCAAAGGAGGCUCAAGAGAGGGAACUGCGGAAGCGAGAGAAGGCGGAGGAGAAGGAACGCAGAAGGCGGGAAUAUGAUGCUCAAAAAGCUGCAAAACAGGAGAUGGAGAAGAAAACUAAAAAAGAAACAGUGCAGACCCGAAAGCCUGCCUCCAGCUCCCGUCCCCCUCAGCCCCCCCGGCACAAGCCCUCGUGGUCGCGGUCGGUGCUGAGGGUCCUGCUCUUCGUGCUGUUCUGCAUCCUGUGUGCCCUGGCCGCCUGCAAGCUGACGGAGCUGCAGCGUCAGCCCCUGUGCGUCAGCGUGAACACCCUCUACGAGGACGUGGUGGCUGCCCUGCAGAACCACAAAACCCUGCAAAACAUGCUACAGCACAACUCGCAGCAGUGAUUGUCCCGGACGGGCACUUGCUUCGUCAGCAUCUCCUUCCACCAUCUACGCAGCCAGAAUUCCUAUGGAAUUGUGUUCUGAUGAAACUGCUUUGAACCAGUCAGCGUUGGUUUGCUGGUCCACUCCACAGAGCAGAGUUAUUGUUCAGAUCAUCUUUGCUGUGCAUGUUUUGCAGUUGGCCUGUAACUCCCAUUUUUUGCGCACGUUAAACCUAAACUUGUUACCGCUUCUCACCUCCAAGUGGUGGUGUUCACCAGGAUUGUGAGGUACAGGAAGCUGCCAGUCUAUAGGAGUGGGAAAAACCAGCCCUCGCCUUGCCUGGGUAGCUGUAGCUCUGAGCUGGAGGUGUAAGGUUUUUAAUACACAUCCAUUCCUUGCUCUCAUUUCUGUUUGUGCUAAAAUUGGUGAUAUGGCUGUAUGGGAAUAACACACUAAGGCCCACUCCAGGACCAAUUACAGGCGUGUAGGAUGGCUGUGCAUCCGUAUGUUGGAGCGAAGAGGCUGAUGUGCUACUGAAAGGAGCUGAUAAUUUUCAAUACAACAGUUUUCACAGCAA